GGAGUCACGUGCCCCGCCCCCUUGGGGGCGUCGAAACUCUUAACAAAAACAAGGGGCUCGGGGAGGCUUCCGCUGAGGCGGCGGGGGUGCGGCGGUAGGCUGGUCUUCCGCGGCCGGCGUUGCGCCGCGGCGGAGGGUGGGCGCGCGGGGAGCGGGAUGGAGCCGGGGCUGUGAGGCCGAGGCGGCGGUGCCUGGGAGGAAGGGUCGGAUGCCGGACCGGGGGCACCGCUGAGGCGGUGGGUCCCCGACCUGCGAGACAGGUUUGGAAGCCCCCGCUGCGCCCAGUCCCUGCGGACCGCGAGGCCGCGGGCGGGUGGAGGCGCGUCUCCGGCACGAUGAAGGAUUUGGGGGCAGAGCACUUGGCAGGUCAUGAAGGGGUCCAACUCCUCGGGUUGUUGAACGUCUACCUGGAACAAGAAGAGAGAUUCCAACCUCGAGAAAAAGGGCUGAGUUUGAUUGAGGCUACCCCGGAGAAUGAUAACACUUUGUGUCCAGGAUUGAGAAAUGCCAAAGUUGAAGAUUUAAGGAGUUUAGCCAACUUUUUUGGAUCUUGCACUGAAACUUUUGUCCUGGCUGUCAAUAUUUUGGACAGGUUCUUGGCUCUUAUGAAGGUGAAACCUAAACAUUUGUCUUGCAUUGGAGUCUGUUCUUUUUUGCUGGCUGCUAGAAUAGUUGAAGAAGACUGCAAUAUUCCAUCCACUCAUGAUGUGAUCCGGAUUAGUCAGUGUAAAUGUACUGCUUCUGACAUAAAACGGAUGGAAAAAAUAAUUUCAGAAAAAUUGCACUAUGAAUUGGAAGCUACUACUGCCUUAAACUUUUUGCACUUAUACCAUACUAUUAUACUUUGUCAUACUUCAGAAAGGAAAGAAAUACUGAGCCUUGAUAAACUAGAAGCUCAGCUGAAAGCUUGCAACUGCCGACUCAUCUUUUCAAAAGCAAAACCAUCUGUAUUAGCCUUGUGCCUUCUCAAUUUGGAAGUGGAAACUUUGAAAUCUGUUGAAUUACUGGAAAUUCUCUUGCUAGUUAAAAAACAUUCCAAGAUUAAUGACACUGAGUUCUUCUACUGGAGAGAGUUGGUUUCUAAAUGCCUAGCCGAGUAUUCUUCUCCUGAAUGUUGCAAACCAGAUCUUAAGAAGCUGGUUUGGAUCGUUUCAAGGCGCACAGCCCAGAACCUCCACAACAGCUACUAUAGUGUUCCUGAGCUGCCAACGAUACCUGAGGGGGGUUGUUUUGAUGAAAGUGAAAGUGAGGACUCUUGUGAAGAUAUGAGUUGUGGAGAGGAGAGUCUCAGCAGCUCUCCUCCCAGUGAUCAAGAGUGCACCUUCUUUUUCAACUUCAAAGUGGCACAAACACUGUGCUUUCCAUCUUAGAAAUCUGAUUGUUCUGUCAGAAUUUAUAUUUACAGGUUUCAAAGCAAUAAAUGGGGGAAUAGGUAGUUUCCUGGUUUAGCCCCCAUCUAGUCAGGAAUUAAUAUACUGGAAUACCUACCUUCUAUUUGUUAUUCAGAUCAGAUCUGGCCUAUUUUCAUAUUUAUCCUAAGCCAUCAAAUGGGGUAGUGCCUCUUAAACCAUUAACAGUACUUUAGACAUUGGCACUUUAUUUUUCUCGUAGAUCUUUAGCUACUUUGGGGAGGAGGGAAGGUGCUGAUACCUUCGAUUUGUUACUUUUCAAGAUUUUUAAAAAUAACUAGUGUAGCUUAUCUUAAACAUUUUAUAAAACCUUCAGAUGUCUUUAUUUAAGCAGAUUGGAAGUAUGCAAGUGCUUCCUUAGCAGGGACAGUGGAUAAUCCUUAAUGGUUUAUCAUAGAUUUUACCCUCCCCCCUUCUCAGAAGAGUUGAGUAUGCUCUUAAAUGUCAAACACAUUUUUGUUGUUUUGUUUUUUAAAUGAUCAGUGUCUAUUUGAUGUGAUGCAGAUCUUAUAAAUUUGGGAAUUAUAAUAUUGACAUUUCUGUGAUUUUUAUAUAUGUAAUGUCUUAAUUGAGAUUUCUGCUAAGGCAAAAAUAAUUAGGCUAGGGCUCUUAGUUUUCAUUCCUGUUGCCCAAGUAUUGUCAAACUAUGGUAUUAUUUUAAUGUUACUUUAAAAAUCCAUAAUCUGCUAGUUUUGCAUGUACUUAUAUGAAAACAGUGCAGUAAGUUGAAAACUCAGUAUCUAUGGAAUUGAUAAAUGUUGAUCUGGUGUAGUAUAUUUUAUCUCAUUUUCUUAUAUUAAAAAAUGUCUGCAUGAUUACAUUUUAUUUCCUUUGUAAUUUACAUUUCAAAAUAGUGUAUUGCUAUAUGGGUGCCAAGAUUGAAUAUGAAGAACCCGAGUGUUUGUAGUAUUAUAGUUUUAAGCAAAUCUGUGUGGUGAUACAGCCAUAAGAAUGGGGCUUAUAUAAACUCUGUACAUGUAAGAUUUUGUACAGAGAAUUUUUAACUUUAUAAAUUGUAUAUGAACAUGUAAAUCUUUUAAAAUGUACAUAAAAUACUGUAUUUUUUUACCUUGUGUGUGAUAGUCUAGUCAUUGCAUGUAAAUAUAAUUUAUUAUGUAUUCUGUAGUAUAAAUCAUACAUUGAUGACUUACAUUUUUACUGGUAAGUCAACAUCCGUUGGAUGUUUUCUGAAGUGGCUCUUUUUGAAGUGAUAAUAGAUUGUAAUUCAAAAUAAAAUUAUUAAUGAAUUCUC